AGUGCACCUUUGUUGUCCCUGAAAAUCUAGGCACCAGCGCAACUUUUUCUGCCACAGUUCUAGGAAAGUGGCAAGUUAUACGUUAUUUCAGUGCCUCCUACUGGAUAUUUCGUCGUGGUCUUAUAAAGAUAACAUUGAAUGUUUGUCCUAUAGACCAAAAUGGAACAGACUGAUACUGACUGGGGAGGAUGGAGUGUACCUGGACAAGCAGAUGGUGAAACAUUUCACAAGGAAGAAGACUCCAACCAUAGUCUGGCAGAUGCUCGUUCUGAUUCUGUCUAUGACAGCAGCAACAUGGGAGGGGAGGAUGACUACAUGAGUAAUCUCGGACUGUAUGAUGGUUAUGACAGCUACAAUGAAAUGUCCGGAAGCUCCUCUGAUGAUGAUGGGGAAAAUGAAAAACCUGGCUAUGGCAGUUACAAUUUCCAGUCCUCGGGGCAGUCAACACCUUUUCGGUUCAUCAAUGGCAAAGACGGAAUGGCAACUUGCGAAAGAUGUGGAUCUGUUGGGAUCAAGCAUGCAUUCUACUCCAAGUCCAAGCGUUUCUGUAGUCUCUCAUGUUCAAGGAGCUUUGCCACAGCCCAGAGAGAAGGCAAACCUAACUCCAAGGAAUCAACAGCACCACAGAAAAAAAUUGCAGGAAAAAAGCUGAAUUCCCCUGGCAAGCAAGCUACACAACCUGUCAAACAAAUGUCUUGGCCAAAAACUAUUACCAGUCGUCUAGGUGGAGUGCGAGGGUUUGACUGGGGUCCAUACCUGUCUUCCACAUCAUCAGAUGCAGCUUCUGUCAGCUGUUUCAAACACUGCCCGAUGUCUGACAACUGGCUCAACAUCACAGUUGGGAUGAAAGUAGAAAUUCAAAACCAUGAAUGUGACCUCCCUGACCAUGCCUACUGGAUAGCGACUGUUAUAAAAAUAGCAGGUUACAAGUCACUGAUGAGGUUUGAGGGAUUUGGCAAUGACACAAGCUAUGAUUUCUGGAUGAAUCUGUGCACACAAGAUGUUCAUCCUGUGGGAUGGUGUGCUACCAUAGGCAAGCCAUUGGUACCACCAAAAUCAAUACAACACAAAUAUCUAGACUGGAAGGAAUAUCUGGUGAAGAGACUGACUGGCUCCCGCACACUGCCCAGUAACUUCUACAAUAAGGUAGUGGAGAGCAUUGGCAAUCAUCGAUUCAAGAAAGGUGUGCAUGUGGAAGUUGUGGAUAAGAUGUGUGUGUCAGCCAUGAGGGUUGCCACUGUGGAUGAAGUUAUCGGAGGCCGUUUGCGACUGCAAUAUGUGGAUUCCAAGGAGGAAAAUGAUGACUUCUGGUGUCACAUGAGAUCGCCCUUAGUACACCCCAUCACCUGGUCUCAAAGGUCUGGCCACAAACUCCAUGCCAGCCAGGAAUACAAGAAUCAAUGUCUCAACAAGAUCAUCACUGAGAACUAUCACCCGAACGAUGCUGUACCCGAUAUGUUCCACAAGGCAAAGGAGCCCCAAGGAGAUCUUAAGUUCCAGGUUGGAAUGAAAUUAGAGGCCAUUGAUCCACUCAACCUGUCUGCUAUCUGUGUAGCUACUGUCAUGAAGGUACUGAAGAACAACUAUCUGAUGAUUGGUAUUGAUGGCUCCAUGGCCCAAAACGGCUCUGACUGGUUCUGUUAUCAUACAUCUUCACCCUGCAUCUUCCCUGUGGGCUUCUGUGAGAUCAAUGGUCUAGACCUCACACCGCCACGAGGGUACAAAGGCCAGUUUAAGUGGUUUGAGUAUUUAAAGCAAUCAAAGUCAACUGCUGCUCCUGUUAAACUGUUUGAUAAGGAAAUACCAAAACAUGGUUUCAAACCUGGUCAUAAAGUAGAGGCAGUUGAUCUUAUGGAACCUAGACUAAUCUGUGUGGCAACUGUCAGUAAGGUAGUGGGCCGACUUUUACGGAUCCAUUUUGAUGGUUGGGAGAAUGAAUAUGAUCAAUGGGUAGACAGUGAGUCUCCGGAUCUCUACCCUGCAGGCUGGUGUGAGGUUAUGAACUAUGGCCUGGAAGGGCCAAGGGUCAAAGUUGAACCUCCUGCACCCAUCCCUCCAGUACCUAAGUCAAACAAGUCAUCAGACAGUCACUCUAAAAAGCGCAAAGGCAAGACACAGAUCUACAAGGGGCCGCGCAAAAGUAAGUCUACAAAGAGGAAACCAAAGUUGAUCCCAGGUAGCACCAUGCUGGAUCUUCACAGAGAUCUACAGAACAACGACCGUGCUUCAGGAUUCCUGUCCUUCGGCAGCCGCACGCGGUCCGCACACUCCGACACCAAUACACUGCCACCCUUGGAUGAGGGACGUACGGGCUCUGUUAAAGUUAAGCAGGAGAUGGAAGAUAGUGGGACAGUAGAUGGUCCGCCCACAUUAAGCCCACAUGCUCCAGGGGGAACUGCCAUAGAAAACAUCAAGGUCGAGCCCAUGGACACUUCACCAGCUCCUCCUACCACUGGUCUAGCCUUCACCAAGACUGCUCUCUCCAAUCUCCUCUUGUCUAAGUCACCACUCCGGGGUUCAUCAUCAGACCUAGCCAAGGUCAUCAACUCGAGCCCACUCACUCAUGUCAUCAACUUUGACCCUGGCAAAACUGGGUCAUCAGAGAUCAUGCCAUCAGAAAGACAGAAACCAGCAUCACCCUCUUUAUGGACUGUUGGGGAUGUGAACCACUUCCUGAGAGAUCAGGAUUGUGCUGCACAGUGUGACAGUUUCACUAAACUGAACAUUGAUGGAAAGAAACUUUUGGAGUUGACUCGAGAGCAGAUUGUUAGUUUAACAGGAAUGAAAGUUGGUGCUUCACUCAAAAUAUAUGACCUAAUUCAAAACUUAAAAAAUUCAUCAAGAAUCACUUCUUCAUAGCAUAAUUAUUUUUUGGUCAAUUUGUCAAGGUUCUUUUUCUUGCUACACUGUUGGAAAAUAUUGACACUUUCACGAGACCUGUACAGGUAUGGACACAUACAACACACCUGUACAAGUUUGGACACUUACACCAAACAUGUACAAGAUCAUAUGGACACCUACAUCAAACGUGUAAAUUUGGAAAACAAAACUAUCACAUCAAAACCUGAAGUAUUAACACCUCAAAACCUGAAGUAUGGACACUGUACAACAGAAUUGUAUAGGACACUUCAAAACCGAGUAUGGACAUUUUAUAACGGAACACCUCAAUACCCGAAGUAUGGAAAACCUACAUCAGAAUUGUAUAGGACACUUCAAAAUCGAGUAUGGACAUCUUAUAACGGAACACCUCAAUACCCGAAGUAUGGAAAACCUGUAACAGAAUUGUAUAGGACACUUCAAAACCGAGUAUGGACAUCUUAUAACGGAACACCUCAAUACCCGAAGUAUGGAAAACCUGUAACAGAAUUGUAUAGGACACUUCAAAACCGAGUAUGGACAUCUUAUAACGGAACACCUCAAUACCCGAAGUAUGGAAAACCUGUAACAGAUUUGUAUUGGACACAGCAAAAUCUGAAGUGUGGACAAUCUACAACAGAAUUGUAUGGGACACCUCAAAACCUGAAUUAUGUACACCCUACAACUGAACUGUAUUGACACCUCAAAACCUGAAGUGUGGACACUCUACAACACCUGUACAAGUAAUGAAAUAUGGAUACUAAUACAAAUCAAAUAUGGACAUCUGAAUCAAACCAAUAUAAACACUUAAAAACAGGCAAAUUUCCUCAUUUGUCUGCUUUUCUGUUGUAUAUCUGCCAUUGCCUAUAGUCUUUGUUUUCAAGAUUUUAUAGUUGUAUACAUGUGUAUAAAUAAGAGUGCAAUUUCUUCCUUCUGUAGACAGUGGGCCACAACAGCUUAGUCAUUUAGAGUGUCGCACGACAAGUAACCUCUGGAUGAAGAUCGGAGGCCUAGGUAUGUGGUUCGGCGCUUCCUACCUGUGUCAGUUUGUGUUUCUCUUGAAGUUGAGAAACAAAUCGAUCUGUGCUGUCAUGGUUGUGUCCUUGGGCAAAACACUUUACCCAAAUUGCACUGGAUGGCAUGCAAUGGGCCUCCUGUAAGUUGUUCUGAGAGGUAGUCACCAACUACUAUAAGAUUCUGCCUCAAAAUGACCCUGGCCCACAAGAGCAAAAAACCUAAUGAACGGACAAAAUCUUUCUGUAUACAGGAAUAUAAGAAUAUAAAUUCCCUGUCAAUCUGAAUAGAUUACACAUGAAAGCAUUAAGAAUAUUCUAUAAUUUCAUACAUAUUACUGUCCAGUAUCAAUUACUGAAACAAAUGUUCAUGUAUGAUUAUUUACAAAAUGGAUGAAUUUUUCAAUUAAAUGAAAUGUUGGCCGUCACAUUUUCUUGUGGGCUGAUGGGUAAGGACAGUAAAGUAUGUCCUUAUGAUAGGACUCGUUUGUACAUUUGUUUUGUUUUGUUUCUUUAGAUCUACUGCACAGUUCAGAAUGACAUUUUUUAAGCAGUAACUCUACUAUUAAACAGUAUUUUCUCUUUCUAUUUACAUAAAUAACUGAGUUAAUAGGAUUAAUACUUGAAUGUGAUUACACUUUUCCAUAUUAAAAGAAGAAUGUAACUUAUAGACAAUUUUAACAAAAUGUUUAUUUUAUGUAUUUUGAUGUUACUGUCUAGAUUGUGGCCACUUUGUUGAUAUAGACAGGAUAUGACCUACUGCAAAUGGGAAGAAUUUAAAUGUUAUAAUUGCAAUAGUUGAUAUACAUUUUCACGCAUAAAAUGUUGUACAGUGUUGUUGCCUGAAGGCCAGUGCUAAAAGUUUAUACAUGUUUCAUUAUUACUAUUUGUGAACAUUAUAAUACUGUAGUCAUCCUACAGGUUAGACCGGUGUGAUAUUAUCAUCUGUUAAUUAAUCCACCCACAUAAUCACUUUGUUAAUCAAUCAUGUUUGUCAAUUAGUGCUUACCAAGGUCAUCAUCAUCAUUAACAGUGGUUUUAUAGAUGAUGGCUAAAAAACUGAAACAUUUUUAUAAGGAAUUUGUAGAAUUACUACAGUCAUUUGUUCACAAGUCAAAUCUCGUCCUAGUUCCUUGUUAGAUGCAAUUUAUAUUGAAUGAAAAUAUUGGAAAGAU